AUGUCGUCUCCGACUCAUCAAAAUUCCGUUCGUGGCGACACGACUCGGGAUAUGCUCAAUCACCUCCUUUUCGAGGUUUCCACCGAAGUGGCAAACCGAGUGGGCGGUAUCUACUCUGUCAUCAAGUCCAAGGCUCCCGUUACCACUCUCGAAUAUGGCGACCGAUAUACGUUGAUUGGUCCUUUGAACAAGCGAUCUGCCGCCGUCGAGGUUGAAGAGAUAGAACCUACGAACCCCGAGAUCAAGGCCACUUUAGAUUCCAUGAGAGAACGCGGCGUGCACCUCGUCUACGGUCGUUGGCUCGUGGAGGGAGCUCCCCGCGUAAUUCUGAUCGACACUUCGACCGGUUACCAGUGGCUGAACGAGUGGAAGAGUGAUCUCUGGAACAGUGCUGGAAUUCCUUCUCCUCCCGAUGACCAUGAGACCAACGAAGCUAUCGUCUUCGGAUAUCUCGUGGCUUGGUUCCUCGGCGAGUUUGUGUGCCACGAAAAGAAGAAGGCUGUUAUCGCCCACUUCCACGAGUGGCUUGCCGGCGUUGCCCUGCCUUUGUGCAAGAAGCGAAAGAUUGAUGUCACCACCGUCUUCACCACCCACGCCACCAUUCUCGGCCGCUACCUUUGCGCCGGUUCCGCCGACUUUUACAAUCACCUUCAGUGGUUCGAUGUCGACCACGAGGCCGGCAAGCGCGGUAUCUACCACCGCUACUGCAUCGAGAGGGCAUCGGCGCAUUCGUGCGACGUCUUCACCACCGUUUCCCACAUCACGGCCUACGAGAGUGAGCACCUGCUCAAGCGGAAGCCCGACGGUGUGCUGCCCAACGGCCUCAACGUAACCAAGUUCGCCGCCGCCCACGAGUUCCAGAACCUCCAUCAAGCUUCUAAGGAAAAGAUUCAUGACUUUGUCCGAGGCCACUUCUACGGCCAUCUCGACUUUGACCUCGACAACACCCUCUACUUCUUCACUGCCGGCCGUUACGAGUUCCGGAACAAGGGCGUUGACAUGUUCAUCGAGUCUUUGGCCCGCCUCAACCACCGCCUAAAGUCCGCCGGAAGCACCGUCACAGUGGUCGCCUUCAUCAUCAUGCCCGCCCAGACGACGCAUCUCACCGCCGAGUCGCUCAAGGGCCAAGCCGUCAUCAAGUCUCUGCGGGAUGCUGUCAGCGUUAUAGAGCGCAACAUUGGCAAGCGUCUCUACGAGCGAGCCCUACGAUGGCAAGAAGGAGAUUCCCUACCCGAGGAGAAGGAUCUCCUCUCCAAUCAAGAAAAGGUUGACCUCCGAAGGCGCCUGUACAGCAUGAAGCGUCACAACCUCCCUCCCAUCGUCACCCACAACAUGGUCAAUGAUCACGAGGACCCCAUCCUCAACCAGCUCCGCCGCGUCAGGCUCUUCAACGACCGCUCCGACCGAGUCAAGGUGGUGUUCCACCCCGAAUUCCUCAACUCCUCCAACCCCGUCCUGCCCCUCGAUUACGACGAGUUCGUCCGCGGCACCCACAUGGGCGUCUUCCCGUCCUACUACGAACCCUGGGGUUACACCCCCGCCGAGUGUACCGUCAUGGGCGUGCCCAGCAUCACGACCAACCUCUCCGGCUUCGGUUGCUACAUGGAGGAGCUCCUCGAUUGCGGUCCCGAAUAUGGCAUUUUUAUCGUCGAUCGCCGCAUGAAGGGCGUCGACGAUUCCGUCAACCAGAUGACCGACUUCAUGUUCGAGUACUGCCUCAAGACUCGCCGCGAGCGCAUCAACCAGAGGAACCGAACCGAGAGGCUCAGCGACCUUCUCGACUGGAGGAGGAUGGGGCUCGAGUACAGCAAGGCCCGUCAGCUCGCCCUCAGGCGCGCGUACCCUGACGAGUUCCCCGAAGACGACACCCUCUGGGACUGGGUCCCCGGCGUCAAGCAGAAGAUUGGCCGUCCGUUCUCGGUUCCCGGAUCACCCGGUGCUCGGAAGGGUACGAUGACCCCUGGGGACUUUGCCAGUCUUCAGGAGGGCAAGGAGGGGUUGAGCACUGAGGAUUACAUUGCCUGGAAGCUCCAGUACGAGGUCCCCCCUCCUAAAGAGGCCAGCCUUGUUAAGGCCGACCCAUUAUUCGUACCGCCAAACAGUCUCACUAACACCCUUUCCAGGGAUGACCACGAGGAUGACUACGAAUGGAGCGUUGCGGUUCGACCGAAGCCCUCGGGUCCUGCGAGCCCGAUCGACACGCCGAAGGCCGUCGACGCAGAGAACGGAGAAUAG